AUGAUUUUCAAAAAAUUAAUAACUUUAAAACCGCUCACAAAGUUUCUACUAGUCGGUACAAGUGCUGGAGCUGGGUAUACUGCGUACACCGUCGAUUCUCCAGAAGAUUUACGUCAAUUGGGAAUUUUUCGAUUUGGAAGAGCUGCGAAAACAGUUGGAAAGAUUGUAAUCGACUACAAAACAUCACUUCGAGGACUUCCGGAACCAUCAGCCGAAUAUGAUGAUGCAAUACAAAAAUGCCAUCAAAGAAGUGCAGAACAUCUUCUGGAACUGGCUUGUGCAAAUGGUGGAGUGUUCAUCAAAGUCGGACAACACAUUUCUGGGAUGGAAUAUUUGAUACCACCGGAGUACACUCAAACUCUGAGCAUUCUCACUUCCCAGGCACCACAAGCAUCGAAGGAAGAUGUGAUUUAUGUUGUGGAAACCGAACUGAAGGCAAAAGUGGAUGAUAUAUUCUCCGAAUUCUCUGAAAAACCAGUUGGAGCAGCAAGUCUUGCUCAAGUUCAUGUAGCUAAACUGAAAGAAACUGGAGAAACUGUAGCUGUGAAAGUUCAACACAAAAGAGUCUAUAAAAACAGUCGAACAGAUGUGAACACGAUGGAAUUGUUAGUCAACAUCGCUGAUGCAAUUUUCCCUGAGUUUCGACUGAUGUGGCUUAUCGAGGAAAUAAAGAAGAAUCUUCCAAAUGAACUUGAUUUCCUACACGAAGCGAAAAAUGCCGAUGAAGCCGCUGCUCGAUUUAAACAUCUCAAAUUUCUCCGAAUUCCAAAAAUCAACUAUGAACUAACAACAAAGCGCGUACUAACAAUGGAAUACUGUGAAGGAGCUCAUGUGGAUGAUGUCGAGUAUUUGAAGAAACAUAAGAUUGAUCCACAUGAUGUCUGUGUGAAAAUAGGAAGAACUAUUUCUGAAAUGAUUUUCUUGCAAGGAUAUCUACAUUCAGAUCCACAUCCUGGAAAUGUUUUGAUCAAUAGUAAAGGAGGCGGAAAAUAUGAAAUCGUUCUUUUGGAUCAUGGAUUGUAUUUGAAUAUCAGUGACCACAUUCGUAAGCUUUAUUCCGAUUUAUGGCUCGCUAUUCUCAAACCGGAUCUACAAGAAAUUCGGAAAGUUGCAAGUCAAAUGGGUGUUGGAGAGCUUUACGGACUAUUCGCAUGUAUGGUAACUCGUCGUUCUUGGAAAUCUGUGACUGGAGGAAUCGGAAAGUCAAAAAUGAACGAGAGUGAAAAGGAUGAACUACGAAUGUACGCAUCUUCUCUAAUACCACAAAUCAGUGAAGUUCUCUCUCGAAUGCCAAGGGAAAUGCUUUUGAUUUUGAAGACUAAUGAUUUGAUGCGCAAUAUCGAGCACAAAUUGGGUGUUUUUGGAUCUAGUGAUUGUCAUCUUGAAAUGUCAAGAUGCGUCAUUCGCAGCUCUCACGAAAUGGCCAUUCGACGUGCGCACAAUCCUCUUGCAAAACUUCGGAUCGGAUUCCGCAUGUAUUGGUCGCUUCUGAAAAUUUUCGUCUAUCAAUAUUACCUGCGUUUCGUUAAUUCUAGCUCUUUGUAG